AUGACAAUUAAUUUGCUGUCGUGUUUUUGUUCAAGUUUGACAGAUAGCUCAAAUUAAGUAACCCAAUUGUAUUUGUCAAAUGCGCAUAAUACAACGGGUGUAUACUUUACCGUGAAAUGCUUGCUUGCUAGCCCUUCCCAACGAUAUGCAGUUAAAAAACAAUACGAACAAUUAAAAAUAGUAACACGAGGAAUAAAAUAUACAAGAAUGGAGCUAUAAUAUACAGUACCAGUACCAGAUCAAUGUGCAGGUCAAGGGUAAGAUCAAGAGGGAUUUGGUGAGGUGAGAAACAAAAAUAACUAGCUAACGAUGGCAAUAUGGCGAGCUGCUACUUUGUCAAAUAACGUUAAUCAACAAGUAUUUUGUCUUGCACACACCACCUGCUUGUAUCCUGUAUGUUGUUAGUAAGAUAGCCAAUGUUCUCUCAACUGAAUCAGCUGCUGGCAAGCCAGCGAACACGAAACAUGUGUUUUUGACACUGGAUUGGAACACAAGCUUGUCUGUAGCCUAGGUAACAACCCCUUGGUCCCCAAAACCAAGGCCAAAGAACACUGGACUUGACAAGUCUGCAUGGCAUGGCACUCUGCAGUGCAGAUAAUCCGUUUGCUGGUAACACACAUCUGGCCUACCAUAGACUAUUUUAUUUUCUUAAAGGUAGCAGAUUUUUUUUCUUCUCCUGUCUGAUACUAUUCGUAAACUAGGUAAUCUGGACCCCUUGUUAGCAAUGGUCCUCUCAGUAUACACGUGUCACCUCCUUUACUUUAUGUUCAAUAAGAAAACAUGUCAUGCCUCCUCUUGAAUGCUUCUCUCCAAAAGUCAGUCUGCAUUUACUACAUCUGAUAUGACGUUGACUGGUUGAUCUCUAACUUGGCCUACAUCAGAGGAAUGCAACAGUCACACCCUGUUAUAACACUGAAAUGCACGUACCACUAAAUAAAUCAGUAUUUCUCAUAUGACUGUCUUUCGCAUCCAUUGAUGUGCCGUUCUUUGAAAUAUGAUUAUACAAUGCCAGAGAUUAGGCUACAGCCUGGAAGAUCAAUGCUGGCUGUUAAUGUGGCAUGCUGGCAGCAGGUAUGGUACUAUGGAUGCAUAUGGGGUAUCUAGGCUAUUACAGUGUAACUCUGAGACUGUUGACAUAAGUGAACUGUAGUGAAUAUCAGUAUAUGUUCCAUGCAUGAGGCUAGCUAGGCAUAACUGUUGUGUGCUGAGGGAUCCAUCUGCAAAGUCAACUUUUUCUGCAUGCAAAUCACAGGUUUUAUUCCUUGGUCUUUAUUCAGCUAUGUUUAUACGAGCAGUUGACUGCGUGUUUCAAAUAUUGAUUUUUUUUUUGGAGGGGGGGGGGCAUAGAAUGGUUGUGGUUCCACAAUUAUGAUCUGUGGUGAACUCUUAGUGAACACAGGUGGGAGAGGGAAAGAGAUGAGGAUGGAGGAGAGGGAUCGAAUUUUGACCAGCCUCAUCAAUGUUGACUAGGUGAAUGAGCUGUAUAAUUCAGAUUUACCGCGCGAUAAACAGUAGAGUACCCGCGCGUUAAACAGUAGAGUACCGAAUAGAGUAGACCAACAAUUUGCUGUUGGCAUGAAAUUAGUUGAAUAGCGUCUUAUUGACCCAAGUUAAAAGUCAAACAACAUAGUCUGUUGACAUGGAGCUUCCGUAUCCUAUUCAUAAUUCACUCAGUAUAUUAUACCUCUUGCUUCCGCCCUGCUUGCGGUCUUUGCUGUACGAGCUUCGCUAAUGAAAUACAGUGCAGCGGCACAGCGCGCAUGUGCUACACAGCCUACGUUCCAGUAGUCACGUAGCACUUGCCACUUGUGUCCAAUGGGACCAUCAAUCGCUCUGCUUGCCAGCGAACCGCAGUGUUGUUGAUACACAUGGCUAAUGCAGGCUCUUCCUAUUCGCCAGAGACAGCAACCGGUGGUUUUAACAGACACCAAUCUAGUGUAUCCGGCUCUCCAGUGGGACAUCCCAUACCUGCAGGAGAACAUUGGAAACGGGGACUUCUCUGUGUACAUCGCGGAAAACCACAAAUUCCUCUACUAUGACGAAAAGAAAAUGGCCAACUUUGAGAACUUUGUACCCAAGUCUCGACGGAUAGACAUGAAAUUCUCUGAUUUUGUGGAGAAAAUGCAUAAAACGCAGGAAGAGGGAGGAGAUGAGAGGGUGUACCUGCAGCAGACACUGAAUGACACAGUGGGCAGGAAGAUCGUGGUGGACUUCCUGGGUUUCAACUGGAACUGGAUCACCAAGCAGCAGAGCAAGAGAAACUGGGGCCAGCUCACCUCCAACCUGCUGCUCAUAGGCAUGGAGGGCAACGUGACGCCAGCCCAUUACGACGAGCAGCAGAACUUCUUUGCACAAAUCAAAGGUUACAAGAGGUGCAUCCUGUUCCCUCCCGACCAGUUUGAGUGUCUCUAUCCCUUCCCUGUUCACCACCCCUGUGACAGACAGAGCCAGGUUGACUUUGAGAACCCUGACUAUGAGAGGUUUCCCAACUUCAAGAAUGUGUCGGGCUAUGAGACUGUAGUGGGCCCGGGAGAUGUUCUCUACAUCCCCAUGUACUGGUGGCACCACAUUGAGUCCCUGUUGAGUGGUGGAGUGACCAUCACUGUCAACUUCUGGUACAAGGGUGCGCCCACGCCCAAGAGGAUCGAGUACCCACUGAGAGCUCAUCAGAAGGUGGCCAUCAUGAGAAACAUAGAGAAGAUGCUGGGGGAGGCACUGGGAGACCCACAAGAGGUUGGCCCUUUAUUGAACAUGAUGAUUAAAGGCCGAUAUGACCAGGGAUUCAGCUAGAGCUACUGCCUCAGAACUGUCUGUGUGUGUAUUUGUGUGAGUGAGUGUGCCCAGGCCUGAUUGUGUGUUUGUAGAUGAGCAUGUGUAUGCAGACACGUGUUUGUGCAUUCGGACUGUUAAGCUAGCAGUGACUUGGCCAAUCAGCCAUUUUGACUGUUUUGAUUGUCUGGGAGCCAUAAUCAUCACAACUUCAGCUACCAGUGGGAAGACAAUAGUGGACAACGGACCAGCCAUGGAGACCCACAUGCAGUGUGCUGUCAGAGAGGGAUGAACUGUGUAAACUACACAAUGUAGAGUUGUGGUAUUUUAGAGGGAGUGGAGUGAUAGGCAACCGCUGUAGAUGUCAAAGAAUAAACCCCCAAACACCCUCAAAGUGGAAGUUGCCCAUAAUUAACCAUUGAUGCAGGGUCAGAUAUGGGACAUUUUAUCAUCACACCCAAUAGGAUUGGGAAAAUCUGAUCCUAGAUCUGUAGUUGGGGGCAAUUUCUACCUUGAACACUAAACAGGUGUGUGUGUUGGGUGGUUGUUAGUCAUAACCAACAAGAUACUCCCUUGUCUAUUUAACCGUUCCCCUGUCAUUACAGUUUGUAACCAUAGCAACACACCUGCAGCUUGAAUAUUAAAUAGGGAAUAGCUGUGUAGUAACUAAAGUAGGCCUACUUAUUUUGUGACAAACUUCUCAAUGAAUUUGCGACACAUGCACCCCGAAAGAGAUGAGUCAUAUUCUUGUUCUGUUGACUAGGUCAGUAAGCUGAUUUUUGUUUCUGUAUAAUUGCUGAACGUUUGUGCUAUAGCCAACAUACUUUUUCUUUGAUGGUGUGUUUUUGUGUACAUUCAGGCAUAACUGAUUUUCUGUUGGUGUGUUAUUUUUUGUUGUUGUAUAUCUGUUAUGAUACAUGGUACAAUUAAGCUAAUGAGGAUGGGCUUAAAAGUAUUUCAACUCAUUUCAAUUGCAGCUGGACAGUAAAAUAAGAAUAUAUUACACCUAACAUGCUACCAGUGGAAUGAUUGAAGACAUCUCACCAGUUUUCCUACUCAUGCAUCCUAAAACAAGUUUCCCAAACUCAGUCCUGGGGCCCCCUGGGUACAGGUUUUGGUUUUUGCCCUAGCUCUACACAGCUGAUUCAAAUAAUCAAAGCUUGAUGAAGAGUUGGUUAUUUGAAUCAGCUGUGUUGUGCUAGGACAAAAAACUAAACGUUCACCCAGGACCGAGUUUGGGAAACGCUGUCCUAAAAAACAGUCAUGUUUUGCUCCGGUAACAGUCACACAAUACGCUAACCCUAUAUUCAUUUAAAUUCAAUAUAAUUUAAAAUAUAUUCUACUUGUAGUUAUUACAACAGUAUUUCUUAGUACUUGUAUCAAGAAUGUACCUAGUGGAUGGUUUUCAUGCGUGUGUGCCUCUCUAAUCUUACACUUCCCCUACUGUUGCUGUUUUUUCUCAAUUAUUUUCGGAAGGAUGUCAAAGUGUGUGUAGAGUUCAGUUGAAUUCCGGUUGUUAUUGUGCCAUUGUCAAGUGUUUCUAGUGAAGACUUCACUGGAACAGGUGCAGUUUAGAGCACAGGACUUAUUUAAAGCACAUAUUGGCUGUCCUAGUGCUGUGUGCCAAACCAGGUGUGUCCUUACAGGGUUGUGGCUAUUUCAAUUUGGUCAAUUCAGGAAGACAACAACUGUAAUUUCAAUUUUCUUCUAUGAUUUUCUGUGAGGAAAAUGUGGAGUUGGAAUUUUAGUUGACUUUCUUAAUGUAAACGAUGUUCAAAAAGUUGUAUGUACGGAGGCCCUGGUGUGACAUUGGUUUGACUUCAUUUUAAGCUGCAUCAUAUUCAUUUGUUAUUAAAACUAAUAGCCCAGUUAAACCAGACUGACCACGGCUGUGUGAAUGGUGAACACAGCAUUCCGUCUGAUUUAACUACUAGGCUAAUAUACUAAUGCUGCAUGUUCAAUUCCUACACCUUCAGUGACUGACAAAAUAUUUCUAGGGGAGUUUCUAUGUUCUGGCCAUGUGUAUUAUAAUUAUUAGCAUUUUUCCAACAGCAUGUAUUGUACUCCUCUGGCUUUCCAAAAACAAAUAUGGAAUCCAUCAACCGGAAUGUUCAUAUCUUAUUGUUUAUAUUUAGGCUAAUAUUCUAAGAAUGUUAAAGUCCAUCAAGUGGAAUGUUCAUAUCGUAUUGUUUAUAUUUAGGCUAAUAUUCUAAGAAUGUUAAUGUCAAGGGAGUGUAUGCUUGAUUGUUGAUAGUAUAUCAAUAUUGUUGAUGAAUAGACUAUUUCUUCAAUGAAUUAUAAUUUGAUAGUUAAGUCUGAGGUUAAAUUGCUCUCUUCUGUGUAUUUGUUUCUCCUACCUGUGUGCCUAGCUUGGUUAUGACAUGGCUCAAGAAACAGCCAGAACAAUGAUAUUUUUAUUUAAUUUUUGCAUUAUGUAGCUUUAAAUGCAAAACCUGAACAUGGUUAAAUAAACUCUUUGCUGUGUUUUUUUUUAUUUUACAAAUACAAAACCGUUUUCUGGGUUCCUGCACUUGUAUGAUUUGAGUUUGUCUGCUCUAUGUAAUUUGCACUGAUUUCAAAAUGACUGCUGAACAAGGAGUUCUAUUGUUGUGCUAGUGGCUUUGUAAUAAAAUCUUAAACUUUUUGAUCAA